GCCUCGGAUUUGUUCCGGUCACGCGUGGCGGGCCUUUUUAUAAGCCGCACAAGGGCCCUCGUCAACGAAGCACCCACGCACGACGGCAACGAACAAACGCGAGAUUCACAGACUCCCGUAAUACGCGAGCGCGAGACGAUCGAUCCUCGAUCGGUUCCUUUUGGAUCAGAUCAGCGGCGAUACAUGGCGCACGGGCAGGAGUCGUCGACGGAGGCCGCCGCUGGUGGCGCCGCGCCGCUGUGCGCGAACGGCUGCGGGUUCUACGGGAGCGCGGCGACCAAGGGCAUGUGCUCAAAGUGCUACCGCGACCACCUCAAGGCCACAGGUGCGGCUGCCCCCGCCGUCGAGGGGAAGAUCAAUGCCGACGACCUCGUCCUCGCCUUCAAGACGUCGGUGAGCCUGCAGGACUCUACCGCUGCCGCUGCUACUGUGGCGGCACCGUCGGCCGAGGCGCCAGCGAAGAAGGCGGCGCCAACCAGGUGCAUGGCGUGCAAGAAGAAGGUGGGGCUGCUCGGUUUCGCGUGCCGCUGCGGUGGCACCUUCUGCUCGCUGCACCGCUACGUGGACGGGCACGCGUGUGGCUUCGACUACAAGAAGGUCGGCCGUGAGCAGAUCGCGCAGCAGAACCCUCUCGUCGCGCCGUCCAAGCUCCACAACAAGAUUUGAAGGCAGCAGCAGUUGAAAAACAUGUGUACAGUUUUAGUUUACUCAUUGUCUAAACUGUCUAACCUGUACUUAACUUAGAUCUUUCAAGCACUAGCUCGAUAUAAGUUGAAGAAGGUUGAUCUUAUCUUUGUUGUUCAUAACGACGUAUUCGUAUUGAUGUAACUUGUUGAUAAUUUGUAGCAUAAACAGAUAUCUGGCU